ACCCACCUCAUUGACCAUCAGAUUGCGUUCAUCAUCGCUGUGGGUCAAACUGAAAUCACCGACCGUACAGUUCGAGUACCUCGUCGGUCUGAGCUUGCAAAAGUUGGCGCUCACCGAAGCUAUUGGCCAACGUAGAAGAAGGGCUGGAAAGGAUGGCACUUGUUAAAUCCUUAGCUGUAGUCAAAGACACUUGCUGAUUUUGAAUUUUUGGCAGCACCUUAAUUUGAUGGAGGGUUUCUUCUCUGUAAAACCCUAGACAAAUCUCGAGCAGUGACAAUGAAGCGAAUGCGGAGAUUUUCUGCAGAUGCAGCGCAAGCUGAGUUGUUAUUAUCCCAAUUCGAUGGAAUCUCUCUCUCCUCAAAUCCCAAAGCCAUUCACCCUUUCACCACCACUAUGUCUUAUGGGUCAACCCGCAAGGUCAACACUUUGCAAAACAAGGUAUCAGGCAUCGUUUCCUUGUUCACUGCAAAGCCUGGCUUUUCUCACAAAGAGGAACUCACCCAAAAAGUCACGAUUUUGAGGAACGAAUUGGUUCAGGAAGCCUCGGACUCUAUUAGGGUUCGUAAGAUUUUGGACGAGAAUUCUAAUUCGCUAAGUGGGUCUCACCCCGGUGGAUCCGCAUUGCUUGAGCUUUUGCAUCAGUUGGAUUCAUGGCCUUCCCUGGCCCUUGAGGUGUUUGAUUGGAGAAGAAAGAGCUCUGAUGUUGGCACCUCCAUGACUACUUAUGAGUACUCUAAGGGUAUAAAAGUUGCAGGUAGAUCUAGGAAUGUUGAUCUUGCGGUUGAGAUCUUUAAGGAGGCUGCAAGCAAGGGCCAUAAGACAACCAGCACUUAUAAUGCAUUGAUGGGUGCUUUUAUGUUCAAUGGUCAUGCUGAAAGGUGCCAGUCCUUGUUUUGUGAUAUGAAGAAUGAUGCAGCCUGCGAUCCUUCCAUUGCCACAUACAAUAUUCUUGUAUCUGUUUUUGGUCGCUUGUUGUUGGUUGAUCAUAUGGAAGCAACAUUCAAGGAGAUGAAGAAGCUAGAUUUCUCCCUUAAUAUAAGCACUUAUAAUCAUUUAAUUGUUGGUUAUAUCGCAGCAUGGAUGUGGGAUGAUAUGGAAAAAGUUUUUCUUGAGUUAAAGUCAAGCCAUGUCAAGCCUAACUUGAAGACCUACCUGCUGAUGCUUCGCGGAUAUGCGCUUUCCAGUAAUCUAGAGAAGAUGGAAGAGACAUAUUCCUUGGUAAGGGAUCAUGUAAAUGAACAAGAAAUACAGCUGAUUAGGUCUAUGAUAUGUGCCUAUUGUAAAAGUUCUGAAGCAGAUAGAAUUAAGAAAGUAGAGGUAUUGUUGAAGUUUAUCCCAGAAGUAGAGUACAGGCCAUGGUUAAAUGUGUUGUUGAUUAGGCUCUAUGCUCAGGAAGACUGUUUAGAGGAAAUGGAGAAUGCAAUAAAUGAGGCAUUUGAGCACAGAACCCCUGUAACAACUACUGGUAUUAUGAAAUGCAUAAUUGCAACUUAUUUUCGGUACAAUGCUGUAGAAAAGCUAGAAACUUUUAUUAGUCGUGCUGAAUUUGCUGGGUGGAGAAUAUGCCGCAGCUUAUAUCAUUGUAAGCUGGUCAUGUAUGGGUCACAAAAGCGCUUUGAGGAAAUGCCAAGAGUGGUCGAUGAAAUGGAAAGUGUCAACAUUGAUUGCUCAAAAAAAUCAUUGUGGAUAAUGUACAGAGCUUAUCUGCUUGGUCGUCAGAGAUCCAUGGUUCUGAAAAUAUUGGGUCAGAUGUUCAAGCAUGGUUAUGAAAUUCCCUUGGAUGCAUUUCCGUCAUAAGAUAUAUUGUCUGAGUCGAUUUGUAAACUCAAUUCAGUAGAUUAAUGUGAAGAUGUUCAUUAUGCUUGCUAGUCAAUUUGUCAACUCAAAAGUCUACUGCUGUAGAUUUAAUCUGAUAGUUUAUGUUUUAUGUUCACCAGCACCAACACAUCCUGGUUGAAGGGAUGCACCUUAAACUUUCCCUUAGAAUUGGAAUUAUUUUAUUAAUUUAUAUUUUGAAUGGUAU